CCGUGUCACAGCCUGGGCAGCUCCAGUGUCCCCCCCGCGCUGGGGAUGUCCUCACCAGCGUGGGGACUGGGGCAGCUGGGUGAUGUCCUUGUCUUGAGGGUACCACGGCACCGUGUCCUGCUUCUGGGGGUGUCAUGACAUUGUGUCUUGGUCCGUGUAGUGUCACCUCCAUUUGUCUUGGUCCAAAGGGUGACACGGCGUUGUGUCCUGGUCCUAAGGGCACUGCGGCAUUGUGUCCUCACCAGCGUGGGGACUGGGACAGCUGGGUGACAUCCUUGUCUUGAGGGUACUACGGCACCGUGUCCUGCUCCUGGGGGUGUCAUGGCAGUGUAUCCAGGUCCCCAUGGUGUCACGUUCUUUUGCCUUGAUCCCAAGGGUUCCAUGGCUCCACGUCCUGGUCCUCACGGUGUCACCUCCAUUUGUCUUGGUCCAAAGGGUGCUGUGGCAUUAUAUCCUGGUCCUGAGGGCACUGUGGUGUUAUGUCCUCACCAGCAUGGGGACUGGGACAGCUGGGUGACAUCCUCAUCUUGAGGGUACCAUGGCACCGUGUCCUGCUCCUGGGGGUGUCAUGACAUUGUGUCUUGGUCCGCGUAGUGUCACCUCCAUUUGUCUUGGUCCUGAGGGUGACACAGUGUUGUGUCCUGUUCCUGAGGGCAAUGUGGUGCAGUUGUGUCCUGGUCCCAAGGGUUUCAUGGCUGUUUGUCCAGGUCCUGAAGGUGUAAUGGCAGUGUGUCCAGGUCCUCGUGGUGUUAUCUCCUUGUGUCUUGGUCCUGAGGGUGCCAUGGCUCCACAUCCUGAUCCUCAUGGUCUCACCUCCAUUUUUCUUGGUCCUGACAGUGACAUGGCAUUGUGUCAUGGUCCUAAGAGCCUCAUGGCAUUGUGUCCUGGUCCUGAAGUUGUUCGUUGCAACAUGACCUGCUCCUCAGGGUGUCAUGGAAGUGAUUUCUGGUCCUCAGUGUGUCAUGGGGGUGUGUCUUGGUCCUGAGGGUGUCUUGGCCACUUGUCCUGGACCUGAAGCUACUGUGCAUUGUGUCUCUUCAUGGUGUCACAUCCUUGUAUCUUGGUCCUGAGGAUGCCUUGGAUGUGUCUUCUGUUUCCUAAGGGUGUCAUGGCUUUGUGUCCUGGUCCAGAGAACGUUAUGGCAGCAUGUCCUGUUCCUUGGGGUGUCAUGGCAGCAUGUCCUGGUCUUGAGGGCACCAUGGUGGUGUAUCCUGGUCCUCAGGGUGACACAGCGAAGUGUCCUGGUCAUGACGGUAUCACACCCAUGUGUCCUGGUGCUGAGGUUGUCACAUCAUUGUGUCCUGGUCCUGAAGGUGCCCAGCAAUAUUUCCUGGUCCUCAGUGUGUCACAUCCACGUGUCCUGGUCCUGGCUGUUUGACCUAACCAUGGAAGGGUCAUGGCAUCGCAUCCUUCUCCAGAAGGUGCUGUAGCAGCAUGUACUGCUCCUCAGGAUGUCAUUGUCACAUGUCGUCACCCUGAGGUGGUCAUGGCAUUGUGUCCCGCUCCUGAGGAUCUCAUGACACCAUGUCCUAGUCCUGAGGGUGUCGUGACGUGUCUUGAUUAUGAGGGUGCCAUGGCCAUGUGUCCCAGUCCUGAGGGUGCCAUGGCUGUGUGUCCUUGUCCUGAGGGUGUCAAUACAGCAUGUCCCAGACCUGAGGGUGUCCUUGCAACAUUAGGUGCUCCUGGUCCUUGGUGUACCACGGCACCAUGUCCUGGGCAUGAGGGUUUCAUGACAGCAUGAUCUGGUGCUGGGGGUAUUGUGUCUGUGUGUCCUGGUCCUGAAAGUGUCAUGGCACUGUGUCCUGGUCCUGAGGGUGCUUUGGCACUUUCUCCUGGUCCUGAGGGUGUCAUGACCACUUGUGCUGGUCCUGAGGGUGUCACAGCAGUGUUCCUGGUAUUGACGAUGUCAUGUCCAUGUGUCUUCCUCCUGAGGGUGCUUUGGCAUUGUGUUCUGGUCCUGAAUAUGUCAUGGCUACAUGUCCUUCAGACGGUGCCACUGCAGCAUGUCCUGGUCCUGAGGACGUCAUGGUAGCACGACCAAUGUCCUGAGGGUGUCAUGGCCAUGUGUCCUUGUCCUGAGGGGGCCACUGCAGUGUGUCAUGGUCCUGAGGGUGUCAUGGCAGCAUGUCUUGGGCCUUGAUGGUGGCAUGGCCUUCUCUGCUGGUCCUGAGGUAUCCAUGGCAAAGCGUCAUGGUCCUGGAGGUGCCAUGGCAAUGUGUCCUGGUCCUGAGGGUGCCAUGGCUUUAUGUCCGGGACCUAAAGGUGUUGAUGCCACCAUAUUCUGGUCCUGAGUAUGCCAUGGCAAUGUGUCCUGCUCCUGGGGAUGUCCUGGCAGCAUAUCCUGUUCCUGAAGAUGCCAUGGCAGUGUCUCAUGGUCCUGUGGGUGUCAUGUCUGUGUGUCCCAGUCCUGAAGAUGCCACAGCAACAUGUCUGUGUCCUUUUGUCCCAUGGCAGUGUGUCCUGGUUGUGACAGUGCCAUGGCAGCAUGUCCUUGUCCCGAGGGUUCCUGAUGAUGUUACAUCUCUAGAUCCUGGUUCUCUGGGUGCCAUGACAUUGUGUGGUGUCCUCAUGGGGUCGUGACCGCGUGUCUGUGUCCUGAGGCUUCCGUGACCACAUCUCCUGGUCCUGAGAAUGCCAUUGUAUCCCCAUCCCACCCCAGGGCCACCCUGCAGGUGGUGGCAGCCCAACGCACCUGAGAUACAGGAGGUGGAAAGCAGUGACACCCCCAAAGACCUGGCGGCCGUCCCCAAGUGCCCCCCGCCCUGCCCGGAGGCCAGCCCUGCCGAGCCGCUGCCCAACGGGGACGUGGAAGGGGACGGUGGGCAGUGGAAGGGGGCGGAGGAGGCCGGGGCCAGCCCCAAGGGCGGCCGGCCCGAGGAGGACGAGACGGAGAGCCUGCCGGACGGCGAGACGGGCCGGGCGCUGGAGAACGGCCGCUGCACCCCCAAGGAGGGCCUGGACGCCCCGGCCGAUGAGGGUGAGCUGGCCCCUUCCGACCCCCAGAAGAAACGCGGGAGGAGGAAACUCCUGGAAGCCACAGAGAAAAGCAAGGACGAGAAGGAGGAGAACAGCUUCGACACCCUGAAAAUGGAGGCAACUCAGUUCGGUCCGGCCCGGCCCGGCCCGAACCAGUCGGCUCGGUCCGGCCCGGCUCGGAGGGGUUCGGCUCCACUUGCCUCAGUUCGGCCCGACUCGGCUGGGCUCGGCUUAGUCCGGCUCGGCAACUCGGCUCAGUUCGGACCGGCCCGUCGCGGCGCUCAGCCCGCAUGGGCGGAGAAGAAGGCGAAGGUGAUCGCCGUGAUGAACGUGGUGGAGGAGACGCCGCGGGCCGAGCCCCAGAAGGAGGAGGAGGCCAGCCCCCCCGCCUCGCAGCAGCCCACCGACCCCGCCUCGCCCAACGUGGCCACCACGCCUGAGCCCGUGGUGGCCGACGCCGUCGACAAGAACACCUCCAAGUCGGCCGACGACGAGCCCGAGUACGAGGACGGCCGGGGCUUUGGCAUCGGCGAGCUGGUGUGGGGCAAGCUGCGUGGCUUCUCCUGGUGGCCCGGGCGCAUCGUCUCCUGGUGGAUGACGGGCCGGAGCCGGGCGGCCGAGGGCACCCGCUGGGUGAUGUGGUUCGGGGAUGGCAAGUUCUCUGUGGUCUGUGUGGAGAAGCUCCUGCCGCUCAGCUCCUUCGCCAGCGCCUUCCACCAGGCCACCUACAACAAGCAGCCCAUGUACCGCAAAGCCAUCUACGAGGUGCUGCAGGUGGCGAGCAGCAGAGCGGGGAAGAUCUUCCCAGCGUGCCCCGAGAACGACGAGACCGACACCUCCAAGGUGGUGGAGAUCCAGAACAAGCAGAUGAUCGAGUGGGCCCUGGGCGGCUUCCAGCCCUCCGGCCCCAAGGGGCUGGAGCCCCCCGAAGAGGAGCGAAACCCCUACAAAGAAGUUUACACGGAGAUGUGGGUAGAGCCAGAAGCCGCUGCCUACGCACCCCCCCCACCCGCCAAAAAACCCAGGAAAAGCACAACGGAGAAACCCAAGGUCAAGGAGAUCAUCGACGAGCGCACCCGAGAGCGGCUCGUCUACGAGGUGCGGCAGAAAUGCAGGAACAUCGAAGACAUCUGCAUCUCCUGCGGGAGCCUCAACGUCACCCUGGAGCACCCUCUAUUUAUCGGAGGAAUGUGCCAAAACUGCAAGAACUGCUUCUUGGAGUGCGCGUACCAGUACGACGACGAUGGCUACCAGUCCUACUGCACCAUCUGCUGCGGCGGCCGCGAGGUGCUCAUGUGCGGCAACAACAACUGCUGCAGGUGCUUCUGCGUGGAGUGCGUGGACCUGCUGGUGGGCCCGGGGGCGGCCCAGGCGGCCAUCAAGGAGGACCCCUGGAACUGCUACAUGUGCGGCCACAAGGGUGUCUACGGGCUGCUGCGGCGGCGGGAGGACUGGCCCUCGCGCCUCCAGAUGUUCUUCGCCAACAACCACGACCAGGAGUUUGUGAGUCACCCGGCGGCAGGACCCGCUGCCCCCCGUCCCCGCUCCCCCACAGGCCUGCUGGUGCUGAAGGACCUGGGCAUCCAGGUGGACCGUUACAUCGCCUCCGAGGUGUGCGAGGACUCCAUCACCGUGGGCAUGGUGAGGCACCAGGGCAAGAUCAUGUACGUCGGGGACGUCCGAAAUGUCACCCAGAAGCAGAUACAGGAGUGGGGUCCCUUCGACCUGGUGAUCGGGGGGAGCCCCUGCAACGACCUCUCCAUCGUCAACCCGGCCAGGAAGGGGCUCUACGAGGGCACCGGGAGGCUCUUCUUCGAGUUUUACCGCCUGCUCCACGAAGCCCGGCCCAAGGAGGGCGACGACCGGCCCUUCUUCUGGCUCUUCGAGAACGUGGUGGCCAUGGGGGUGAGCGACAAGAGGGACAUCUCCCGCUUCCUGGAGUCCAACCCCGUCAUGAUUGAUGCCAAAGAAGUGUCUGCAGCACAUCGGGCACGGUACUUCUGGGGGAACCUUCCCGGGAUGAACAGGCCACUCGCCUCCACGGUCAACGAUAAGCUGGAGCUGCAGGAGUGCCUGGAGCACGGCAGGAUAGCCAAGUUCAGCAAAGUGCGAACCAUCACCACCCGCUCCAACUCCAUCAAGCAGGGCAAGGACCAGCACUUCCCCGUCUUCAUGAACGAGAAGGAGGACAUCCUGUGGUGCACGGAGAUGGAGAGGGUGUUUGGGUUCCCGGUGCAUUACACGGACGUGUCCAACAUGAGCCGCCUGGCCCGGCAGAGACUGCUCGGCAGGUCCUGGAGCGUGCCGGUCAUCCGCCACCUCUUCGCCCCCCUCAAGGAAUACUUCGCCUGUGUCUAGAGGAGCAGAGGAGAAGAGAGAGAGAGAGAGAGAGAGAGAGAUGGGGAACUGGUGACACACGGAGCGAGUCAGAAAAAAAAAAUACAAACCACCACCACCACAACCAACAACGACGACGAGAAGAAAACCACCAUCCACACGCCAAGAGAAGCGAAGAAAAGAAAAAAAAAAAACAACAGCAACAACAAAAAACCACCACCAACAACAAAAACACCAGGGAAUGAGAGAAAAGAGUCAGCA